CUAAUGUGUGAAUGGUUAUCAAAAGAAUACAUACUAACUAUUUUUAAAUGAGAACAGGGGUAUCGUAACGUCGGCAUGAAUUUGUCACAAGACCGCGGAAUACGUAUAGUAUGACAACACUUCAGUGCCCUCAAAAAUGGCUACCUCGUUUGGAUGCUGUGUACUAGAACCCGAAGAUGAACAUACAGGGAAGCAUCGGCCAUUUCUAAUACUUACCAUUAUAAUAGCUACAGUUUCCUAUGGGUUGCUGUUGAUAAUGAACAUCGUUGGCGAAUAUGCAGGGAUAUACUCUCGUGAUGUUAAUAAAAUCAGUGACGAAUAUCCGGUUGAUUUAGCCCUAUCAGCAGAUGUUUUAACUUUAUGGACGUUUAUCUAUGUAUGGCAUUUUAUCAUCUUCAUCUAUUGUAUAGUUUCCAUUUUCCGUAAGACUUCGCUCCAGAAACCGGUGUACACCAGUCCCACACUGUUAUCUUUUUUCUUUUUCGGUUAUUUGACCGUGUCCUAUUUGUUAUUAACUGGAUGGCUAUUUUUGUGGGAUCGUUUAUUAAUUGCCCCCGCUGUAGUAUUCAUGUUUGUGAUAGCUGGCUGUUUCUAUCUGUCACUCGUUGUCUCAUACAGGAAGUUAAACCAUUAUUCCAAGAAAUUAACGCGAGCGCGUAGAACUAAAGAGAUGUGGAUGAUAAUCGUCAUUGUUCAAAAUGGAGUAGCUUUGUUUGCAGGGUGGACAACUGUGAUUUUCUACUUAAAUCUAGCUGUGUGUUUGGUUUAUUGGAACGUGUUGGCUGCCAUGAGUUCCUUAAUAUGUUUGUGCAUCUUUGCCGUCCAUUUCAUUAGCUUUGCUUUGACUGACCUAACAAUCUUUCACAAAUUUACGAAAUAUGUGUUAACGCCUUACAUUGCUAUCGCGGUAGCCUUAGCAGGGAUGCUGCUUAAGAACUGGAGAGCCGAUUCGGUCAACGCAAUAUUCGUAGCCGUGUUUCUUGCCUUUGUUGUGAUAUGCGCUAUCAUCAAAUCCAUCCGCAUGUUAAUACAUAUAGUGCGAGCAAAUCGUAAAGUUACUCCGCCAAGUAUUACCAUCAGCACUGUUACGAACAGUACCGUUACAAACGGAAAUAGUACGGACUAUCCUACCACUAAUGAAACUAGUUUCUCCAGUGAUAACGAUAUUGAAAUAGAUGAGAUUAUUCCGGUUAUUGUCACCAACCCAGUAGCUGAUACACCCGUAGAAAGACGAGAACCAUUAGCAACCGUUAGUGAGGAACCUGAACAUCCUCUUCCCGAAAGGAACUUAUUUCUUAGCGAAUUCGUUCUUUAUAACUGAUCGCCUUAUGUGCUAUUUGGCCUGUUCACAUUAAUUUCGUUCCGAGUUGCAAAGAAUUCAAGCAGAGAUAUAAAAUCGUACGACUAACUUGUAAUUCAUGGACCUAGCACGCAUAAGUACAUUUUCUGGUUUGUCCAGUUAUGCACAUGGUUUUUCCAAGUGGUAGAACACCGAAAUAUAACCAUCGCCUCCCGUGGUUCGCAGAUGGAGAAUGGUCGUACAUUGAGAUGGCGUGGAUAAUUAGGACUUGGUGAGUGUAUUAUCUUCUGGAUAUUAUUCGAGUAUUCCGGGCUAAGAGAAAUAUCAAGAAGAAAGGGACAGGACUGGUGUGGUUUUUUAAUAACAUAGUUCACAAUGCUUAUUAAUCUGACCCUGACAUUAUCAGCUGAAAGAGAAUAAUAAGCUUACAACAUUUAGUUGUGUUAACGUGAAGAGUGCCAAGUCGUUAUACGAAUUUGAUACAAAAGGAUAUUGUACGAAGCAAAUAGCCACACAUUCACUUUGCUAAGUGACAUGGUAUUGUAAUACCGCCAUAACCUAUUUACUAUAUGUGUUUAUAUGUAAUAAACUUGAUAAUUCACCGCAUGGUAAAGAAAGGGGAGGGUAAUUCCUUUGAAAUAGAGGAUUAGAUAUUGUUAUACCGCUGAAGUCUGAAGAUAAACUUUAUCGGCAAAUACAUUGUUAAACCCACUUUGUAAUUACAAUGUCUCUUGAUAUGUAAGAUUAGGGAAUAUGUAGAUAAACCGGGAAUAGAAAUUAGUAAAUGUUAUGUCGAUUAUGACCGCAGAUAGCUACAUGGGACCGGAUAUUCUAUACCCUAACUCCAUUCAACGGUAAUGGUAUUCCUAAAAUGUGUAUAAAUACAAAUGAUGAUUGAUAUCAGAUUUCAAUUAAAACACAAGGCAGCGAAACACACACCAAUUAUAACAUGUAACUUCAAUUAAUUUUCUUAACAAUAUUCAAACUCAACUGUAUUUACAGUCGGUCAGACAUAUUUACUAUUCAAGUAAUUACUCCUUUCGCCCAAACCUUACAAUCUAUUAACAAACCAAUUUUGUUUUUAUAUUUGGGAUUCGGAGAGUUUUAUAACCUUCAAUGUUUCAAAAUGUUUGAAACAUUGACACCAUUUCUAUUCAGCAGUGGCGACUGAUAGUUUGAAUGGUGGCGACUUAUCUUGUAAAAUUAUCUAAAUUGCUGAAAUAGGGAUAUUUACGAACUUGACAUCAAUUGGAUUGCCUUACAAUCGACAUCAUUCCUUUAUCCUCAAUAUUUCAGAUCUAAUUGGUCCAAUCUAAAGUUUUAUUUUAGCAUUUAAGAUCAUUUAAAACACCUGGUACCGGUUUUAGUUAUUGGAUUUCUCUCAUGUGGCGCUUGCAGUUACCGAUCUUCCAUAUGUCUGUGGUUCUGCACAAAGUUAGAAUACAUGUUGUUUGACAUUAUAUACUAACUGAUAUGAUGUAAUACAACCACCACCAUUCAUAGAGAGUAACAUUAGAAUUGCCAGAAUCAUAAAAAUUAGCAUGAACCUAUUAUAAAAUGUGAUGAUCAGAAUAAUCUAGAAUGUGUGUCGUUAUUGCGAUAUUUGCUUCCCUGCAAGAACAAGUGAAAGACUUCGCACAGACCACACAAAAUUUGAGGGGGCAAUUUAUAGGUGUACUAAAAAACUAAAACUACGGUAGUUUGUUGGAUUUUAAUACUAAGAAUCUACAACUGGUAUUCUUUUCAAUUAUUUACAAAUCACAAAGUAAACGUGGAUGUGUACCAAACAACAUAGUUAUACGCAUUCCAGAACGCAUUAAGAUAAUCUGAAGACUUUUUACUGAGGACAGGAUACCGUUGGAGUUCCUAAUCAUAACGAUAGAGUUACCCAUCUUUGGUAUAAAAAUCUCUACAAAGAUGAAAUAGAGAGUCUCAAAGAUCUGAAAUAUCAUUAUGGUUUAACGUAAUCAUGUUUCAUCUACGUUAAUCACAACAUUAACCAUAGAGUAUAAAUGUAUUUAUAUAUAAUUACUGAUUAUUGUCCUUUGAGUAAAAUUUACUCAUUUAUACUUCAGUACAAAUACUCAGUGUAAUAGUGUUAUUUUAGAGGGAACGUUAUUUAUGUUAUUUAUUGGAAUUAUUAGAAUAUUAU